UGCGUGAAAAGUCAUCGUUGUUUACUGGACUGGCUCCUACAUGGCUUUAGGAGAGCUGAGCCAAAGUCUUUCUUAUACUCGACGUAAGAAGGUAGGGACGAUAGUGAUAGUAAGGUAAGACACGGUAAGUACUCGCUUAGAAUUUUAGGUUAAGUCUGGAGAAGGCGCUGUGUUGCUCUCUAGAUACCCAGGUAGGUUCCCAGUGCCUUUACUCUACUGCUUCCUAAGCUACCAGGAUCAACUCAUCAAUAUCAUCUCAAGCUUAUCAAGUUCUUUCGCUUGCUCCGCUCUCAAAAAGCCCGGGGUAUCAUUCUCAUAUUAGUGUACUAAUGGUUUGAUCGAAUAGUUAAACAACAACAGACUGAGACACGAUGGAAGACGAGCAUGAUACUGAAUAUUUCUACCGUAGCAAGCCUCGGCGCUUAUUUAAUCUUCCCCUUGACAUGUUACCGCCUGAGCCGAUCCUUCCGUCUACCUGGUUCGAGCUCCCGCCGGGCUGGCGCCAUUGGAAACCAGCUAUUGUUCAAUGUCCGGCAGUGCCCAUACCAUCUCGUUGGACUGCCUCUAACAAUUAUGGCCGCGAGAGUGAUCAACUCAUGAUUUGUGAUCUGGCAAGUAUCGAACGGACAUUUCCAUAUCCAUUUAGGAGGUAUACUACGGAGCAAAUCGUGAAAAUACCCGAUCAUAUCCUCUCCACGAUUAUCACCAACUGGCACCGUUCUCCGGGCCCAGGUGUCUCUCAGGCCGAGGCGGACAUGAUGUGGUUUAUCCAGGGGAUAAAUGGACUGAGAGACCACGUCCCCAAGGUCCACAAGGUCUUCCGCGACCUUCGCACGAAGCAUAUCUUCAUCAUCAUGGACUACAUUGAGGGCUCUAACCUAUACAAGAUCUGGCCUCAUCUCUCAACUCGCAGGCAGCAUAGCAUAUCCAUACGAAUCGCUUCAUUAAUCAAGCUAAUGCAAAAAAAUACCUCCCCACAUUCCGGUCCGCUAGGACUGGGCCGCCCCCAGGUGUUUAUGCACCCACAACUCACCCCAUCAGUUGUUUUUGGCAGGUGGCGAUACGAGGCUUAUCUCGGACUCUUAGUUGACAUGGUCAAUGCCCUACGAGGACCAUUGGUCAUCCCACUUAGUAGGGUAGCGGUAAAUGAACUCGUCCUGGGCAACAUGCAACUGGAUCCAGGCAGCUUUAUCCGCGACAAGAAGGGCGAGCUCUGGAUAGUGGGCUGGGGCAAGAGUGGCUUUUACGCGCCCGAGGCCGAGAUGGCGCUUUGCGUCUACCUCAUGCCUAGGCAAUUCCACUUGAUCCUAUCCAUACUCGGCAGAGACUGGCGGGAUAGACGUGGCACGAUAAUUGCGUUGGCGGCGGUGGCCAGAUACCUCGAUAAAGGCACGUUAUACUGGGCGUAG